AUGUCGGAAAAGCAGAGGCAGUUGAAACUGCAGAAGAUUUACAAGCAAAAGUAUUUAGGACUCGGAGAUGAGAAUACCACGCGAGAGGAAUGGCAAAAUAAUGUAAGGAAUGACACGUUGAAUUCAUUACAAGCCCACUCAGCGUGCUUGGAGUACGUUUCGUUGAGUCGCGGGGAUCUCAGUGUACGAGACACUCGCAUGCACAUUUUGAAGUCUAUGUCUCCUGGCUAUGAAACCUACCAGCAAGAGAAGAAGUAG